UACCAUAGUUGUUCCAUUUGAGGUUAGAUCAACCCCAGACAUGAACUAAGAGUCUUCAGAGUGCUUGGAUUAGUCACAGCAUUGAAGAGAAAACUUCUCUGAGCUGUACCUGGCAGGGAGUCUGGAGUUUCUGGUUUGGAAGCUCAGGAAGGUCUCUGCUUACCUACACCCUGAAGAUGGAGGUACUACUAGGAGUAAAAAUUGGCUGCCUGCUUGCCCUUCUGGUUCUCACACUGGGCUGUGGCCUUACUCCCAUCUACGUCAAAUGGUUCCAGAUGGAUGCAGCUACAGGUCAUCACCACAGGGUUCUCAGCCUCCUGGGCUGCACCUCUGCUGGUGUCUUCUUGGGAGCAGGGUUGAUGCAUAUGACUGCUGAAGCCCUGGAGGGAAUUGAGUCAGAAAUUCAGAAAUUUGUGGUGCAGAACAGUACAGGAAGUAAGGGAAAUUCUUCUCGUGAUGCUGCUUCUAGUUACGUGGAGUAUCCCUACGGAGAGCUCAUCAUCUCCCUGGGCUUUUUCUUUGUCUUCCUUUUGGAGUCGCUGGCAUUGCAGUGCUGUCAUGGGGCAGCUGGAGGAGCAACAGUACAGGAGGAGGAAUGGGGAGGGACUCAUGCCUUUGGAUUCCACAAGCACCCACCCUUACCCUCACCCUCGCGAGGUCCCCUCCGUGCUCUGGUCCUUCUGCUCUCUCUGUCCUUUCAUUCCGUGUUCGAAGGCCUAGCUGUGGGACUGCAGGCAACAGUGGCGGCUACCAUACAGCUCUGCGUUGCUGUGCUGGCUCAUAAGGGGCUUGUGGUGUUCAGUGUGGGCCUGAGACUGGUGAAGAUUGGCACUGGACCACGAUGGGCCACGUUCUGCAUACUGUCACUAGCUCUCAUGUCUCCUGUGGGCCUAGCCCUAGGGCUAACUGUGGCUGGAGGGGCCUCGGGACAAGCACAGGGAUUAGCUCAGGCUGUAUUAGAAGGCAUAGCAGCUGGCACGUUUUUAUAUGUCACCUUCUUAGAAAUUUUGCCCCGGGAGUUAGCUUGUCCUGAGGCCCCUCUGUCCAAGUACGGCUGUGUGGCUGCUGGGUUUGCCUUCAUGGCCCUUAUUGCUUUGUGGGCCUGAGACAUUCCUCACUGCUCUGAUAGACCUACCUAGGACAACUUCUCCUGAGGACACUCCCUCAGUAACUUUGGUCCUCAGACAUUAUUCUCACUGAGACUAAACAUUUACUAGACACGGACUGACUCAGAUUUUAUAUACGUGAGGUCCUGUCCUUGCUCAGGACUUAGAAAGAAUGUUUUGUUUGCAUGCCUAUUUAACUGGAAAAUUGGUAUCAGGACCAUCACUCCAGAUUUGUUAUUGUGUGUAAUAAAAGUCCCAUUGUUCCCGUUCCCUUCAACUUCACUGUAAUUCUGUCUCUGAUAGAGGGAAAGGGGAUGGGGUGCAAUUGAGACCAUAGUCAUUCUAGUGACUAUAGGUCACUUGCCCCCCAGACAUAGGACUGCCAAAAAAGUGUCAACAACCCCUUACUCCCUUACCCAUAAAAGCUGAGAAACAGACCAGCAGGGGAAGAUGGAUGUUUAGAAACAGAAGCCAGGGGAUAGAUAUUUUUCCUUCAAUAACUACCUCACCCCACUCUCAGUGCCUGCUGUCAGCCCCACCAAGUUCCUAUUUUCACACUGAGUCUUGUGUAGCCUCCAGGACACUGCUGCUAUCCUCUGGGCUUCUCUCUUUCUGGCUGCCACAGGCUGAAGGAUUAAAAACCAGUGCUUGCAGAAGGGGACCGGCGCCAGAUAAAUACCUGGUGUGAUUAUCUGAGGUGUAACCACCUAGUGACUUUUCUUCUGUCUCCCUGACCAACUGCUACUAAAGAUAGUGCAGAAGGCAGCUACCCCUGAAUCAAGGACGGACAGGAUGAUUGCCCUUCUGCUCUCCCUCGCCUGGUUGGAGUAUCUCUCACUUAGUGAAGAAGAAGGACAAACAGGCGCUGCAGCUCUCUUGCCCUCGACAGUUUGCCCUUUUCUUGUGAUUUUCAGUGUGAUAGCCCAAAUGCCUUAGCAUGAAAAAACUUCUGAA